AUGGUUCAAUAUUUGCUAAUAACGGCGAACGUCGGAUCACUGUUUGAGCCGGACGCUCGCCUGCACAACUCUUGGGUCAAAACUGUUGCUGAUCAAGUGAAUGGAGUUGAUCCAUCAUUCUUUGUAAUUCAUCUCCAGGAAACAGGAGGAAAAAAGUUCACGGAAUGCUCAAAACAAGUUCCAAUCAUUAUCAACCAUCUCGCAAAUGCACUUCCCAAAUUCGAUCUCUUAAGAGCAUAUGUGGACAUUGACUACGAAGCAGUUGAAUAUACGGCUCUCGGAGCAUUAUGCUUUAUCAAAAGAUCUCUAUGGUCCAGUGUCUCACAAUUCAAUUUCCACACCAAGAAAUACGAACAACUCAUCAGCCCAACCGAAGUGGUUACUGAAGGCUUAGAGAACUAUCCAUACGUAAUCAAGCACAAAUUUCCAAAAGACUUCUGGCCUUCUAUCAAAUGGGGUCGCAAAGGAUACAUGCAAACUAGAUGGAAAAUUGCUAACAAAGUAUUCGACUUUGUGAACGCCCAUCUCUUCCAUGACGAAUCCAACUUGGCUCCUAUUCAUGAUAAUCCAACACUCUACAGCGAAAACCGGAAACGAGCACUCGACUUUGUGCUCUCUGAAUUGUCUGCGAUGGAAAAUGGCUGCACACCAAUGCUUUUCGUAUUUGGGGACCUCAAUUUCAGACUCGACUCGCGCUCCUUCUUGAAUCGUCUCACCGAAAGCACCAAUCCUCAUUCAGUAGAACAAGAGCAGAUGGGUUCUUUGGCCGAUGGUCUCCAGGCCCAAAAUGGCAAUCUUCAAGUCGCCGCCCACCCAUCUGAGAAUCUUCGGAGGACAGUUUCCGCAAUUGAGUUCCGCAGAGAUUCAGACAGUGAUGAUAGUCAAAACAGCUGUGUGCUCCGGAUUGAAAAGAAGAAGUUCGAUUAUUUCAAUCACAAAAAGCUUCUCGACGACUGGAAGUCCUACAGAGAUGAUGAUAAGGAAGCAGAGAGUUUCAAGAGCAUGUUCGAAAUGAAUAUCAAUUUUCCACCAACCUACCCAUGGAGCGAGGACCCAGAAAACUCGGAAACGCUUAUGAAAACCAGAGCUCCCGCAUGGUGCGAUCGUGUUUUAAUGAACAAAGCUGCAUUCAGUUUUGUGAAGGAUGGAGAGCCAGCGUACAAAUCUUUCGGAAUGGAGACUUGCACUGGGGAUCACAAGCCUGUCAUGUUGGCCUUCAACAUCUAA